AUGAGCAACCUUCUUUCCAACGAUUCACAGCAGGCUCUCGCCAACGCAAAGCCAGAGGAGGAGAAACCACCGCAGCAGCAGCAGCAGGCGAAGGGCGCCCAUCCAACGACUCCAAGGCGCGAGCAGAAGAGGACUAUGCCCCUGAACGCCGCCUGGGCUAAUUGGGCGGAGAACGAGGGCAAGCGCCAAGACUACCUCAAGAGCGCCGAGGGAUAUGAGGAGCGCAAGAGGAACGUGGCGGAGGCGAUGAAGGAGAGGCAGGACUAUGUCCCCCGUCGGGAGGCUACAUUCAAGUUGCGUAAGUUGAACAAGGAGCCGGAGCCAGAGCCAGAGCUAAAGGCCUCCAACGCGAACGUUUUGCCUCCUCACCUGCGCCGCAAGGCUGACCAGUAG